AUGGACCUUGGGUCUUCCGCUCUAAGCAACGGAGCUGGAGGCCCGGACGGCGGCUCUCUUAGGUCCGGGUCGGGUUCAGGCUCGGCAGGCUUCGUUCGCGUGCGACGUCGCGCGGCGACGCACAAGGUGUUUCAAGGCGACUACCUUCAGCUUGCCGACGAGAACCAUGCGAUCCUCAAGAUGCUGCGGAAACAAGGCGAUCAGAGCGUCAUUUUCGCCGACACAGUCGCCAAGGUGAACCGGCACAACAGAAUCGUUCCGCGGCUGCUGGUGGUGACAGAAAAGGCGGUCUACAUUAUCGAGCGAGAUACCUUCCGGCUGAAGCGACGCAUCCCAUUGGACAUCAUCGAGUCGCUGUAUCUUUCUGAGCUGGCGGAUAACUUCCUGGCGCUGAUGGUCCCCAAGGAGUUUGACUGCCUGCUUGUGAGCACACGCAAGACAGAGAUUGUGACUGUGUUAGUGGAUGCGACUAAAACGACUUCCAGGGAGCUGAAAGUGUGCUUCAGCAACAAGUUUGAGUACACUAUGGAUCCCGAUACAACACGACAAGUGGAGUUCACACAAGUAGCAGGUGGUAUACUCUGCUCCCCAUUCCUAUCCUUCGCCGCUGCGUUUGCUUGUUCGACCGUGGCGGCGAUGCAUGCGAUUCGCGACGCGUUGGGCGUGGACGCGGUGCAGACGUGGCUGCCCGGCUGGGGCAGCGCGGGGGACAUCUGCGGCCCCCUGGGGUGGGCACCCGAGGUCACCUGCGACCAGACGCCCUCGGGCAACUACACCAUCGUCAGCAUCAACCUAUCGGGCGGCAUGAUAGGCACGCUCAGUCCGCUCAUCGCCGACCUCGACAACCUCCACGAGCUGAAGCUGUACAGCGUGGGGCUGAAGAGCGAAGGCCUCGUGGACACGCUCCUGCACCUCACACAGCUCGACACCCUUGAGAUCCACAACAUGGCGGUGGGCAUCACCACGGGGGAGCUCGACCUCUCCAAAUUCGCCAACCUCCAAAGCCUCACGCUGCGCAAUGUGAUGCUGAGGGGCCCUAUCGCCAAGCUCAACCUCCCCGCGCUCACCAACCUGCAAUUCCUGGACUUGGCGCAGAACCAGCUGACGGGCGAGCUGCCCAAGGGGCUCUCCAACAUCGCCCACAUUGACCUCUCCUCGAAUGACCUCUCAGGAGUGCUGCCCACCGACCUCAUCUCCUCACCCAACGUAGAGCACCUGGUGAUCUACAACAACCGUCUGGAGGGCGCCCUGCCGGACGUCUUCGCCGCUGCCGAGAAGCUUCAGCAGCUUGACCUCUCCCAAAACAAGCUUGUCGGCUCCCUCCCUCCUUCACUCGCCGAGCUGCCCAGUCUGUAUUACAUUGACCUGAGCAGCAACGCCUUCCGUGGCAAGAUGCCGCGCUUCUUUGCUGCCUGCACCAUCACCAACACCAGCGCCUUCCUCAACGUGUCGAGCAACAAGCUCACGGGCGGCAUUCCCAACAGCCUGGGGCUCUACGCCCACCGCAACACCGUCAUCCUCACUGUGGAUAUGUCACACAACGAGCUGCAGGGAGCGGUGCCCACGAGUCUGCUGGCAGCAGACACGCUGUUGUACGAUUACAACGACGGCCUCUGUGACGCGCCCUACCUCCCCAUGUGCGGCCCUGACGGCAAGCCCGCUGCUGCUGAUCCCUCUGAUCCUCUCACCGCGCUCAUCAAGAAUGGCACUUCUGACGACGGUUCCACGCCUUUUGCUGACAUCCCUACCACACCCACGCCUGCCCAGCCCACCCAGCCCACCACUCCCACCACUCCCACCUCCACGCCUGCUGCGGCUGACCCUGCUGCCACUGAGCCUGCUGUUGCAGCUAAGUCGGCAGUCACAGCUGCGCCGGCUGCCGCCCCUCCCCAGCUGACCUGCAACUGUGAGCAGCUGUCUGGUGGUGUGAUUUUCGGCAUUGCCUUUGGCGCUUCUGUCCUGGCGGCUGUGCUGGUGGCGGCGGUGGUGCUGACGUGGCUGCACUACGGCAAUGCGCGCGCGGCAGCGCGUGUAGAGGGCGCUGGGUUCCUGUUUGCCAAUGGGGAGAAGGUGAACGGUGGUGUCAAGGAUGUGGAGAAGUAUGCCAACUAG